AUGAGACUGGCCGCCUACACCGGGGCCUCGGUGGCCCUGGCCACCGGCGUGUUUCUGAAAGCUCUCCAUCAGAGAGCAAAUUUCUAUUCAGCGUGCGUUUAUCUUUCUCAAAGUAGUGCGAAUCUUAUGAUUCUCACCAACCUCUGCCUUCUGGCCACGGGGUUUCUCCUCUUUUGGCUGCAGCGACUUCUCUACGGACCCUUGCGACCGAUUGAAACCGAACAACUCUACGAGCGCGCGUGGUUCGCCGUCACCGAGACAUGUCUGGCCAUGACCAUCUUUCGGGGAGAACUGGGAGGUUGGUUUUUGGUCAUGUUCAUCUCGCUUUUAGUUGGGAAAGUCUGGGGUUGGAUUGGGGAGGGUCGCGUGGAAUAUCUCGAACAACAACCCCCGCCAAUCCGCUAUUGCAUCACAACCGUCAUUCACCAGGCGCGGCCCGAUAUGAUGGUGAUGUUUGGGUUUGAGUUCGCCAUCCUGUCGAUCCUGUCGACUUCUACCGCCGCCCGGUACGCAAUCGCCCUGGUGGAAAUCUACAUCUCCCGCCAGCAGCUGAACGCCAAGAUGGAGGAGCGUCGAAACGAGAUUCGCGCCGCUCGAUUGGAAGCCAUUCGCGAGCAUGCGCGUUCUGGGGCCAGUGCACCCCCGACCGACCUGCCUGACGAGAACGAUGUGAAUGAACUGGAGUUUGACGUGCCAGGUUGGGAAGAGAAGGGUCGUUGGGUGUUCUACCUAGACCUCCUGACCGAUUUCCUGAAAUUGACAGUCUAUCUGACGUUCUUUGCCAUUCUUCUUACUUUCUACGGCCUGCCCAUCCAUAUCCUGCGGGAUGUCGUCGUGACCAUCCGCUCAUUUGCUCGUCGGAUCAUGGACUUCCUUCGGUACCGGAAUGCAACAAGGGAUAUGAACGAGAGAUAUCCGAAUGCUACUGCGGAAGAGGUUGCCCGAGAGGAUGUCUGUAUCAUCUGCCGCGAGGAGAUGAUUCCGGCACAGCCAGCGCCAGAGGCUGGCGAGGCCGGCGCCCAACCGGCACCAAAUGCACCCCGUGUCCCUGAUCGUCUACGUCCCAAGAAAUUGCCGUGUGGUCACAUCUUGCACUUUGCAUGCCUCCGCAGCUGGCUAGAGAGGCAGCAGAACUGCCCUACCUGCCGUCGUCCAGUGCUGGUUCCCUCACGUACCCAAGUUGCUGCUGGGACUGAUGCCAACAGACCUGACAACGGCGGUGGUGCGCAGAAUUUUCCUGGAGGUAACCUACCACCUGGCCAGCCCGGUGCCCAGGCAGAUGGAGCGCCUCGAGCUCGGGUGUAUCAGUUCGGCCCCUUCCGUAUUGGCUUCGGUGCUGUGCGUGGGGAUCUUCUUCAAAACCUCCAUCAGCAAAUCCACCAGGGAAAUGGCCCUCUACAACCUGCGGUAAAUGCCAAUCCGGCCGGUCCCCGUCAAAUCGGUUUCGGUUUCGGUUUCGGACGUCGUCCCGCUGCUCCCAGCACACCCACCACGCCAGCCGGGACUUCCAGCGCUGCCGAUAUCCAAACGCAGUUGCAACAAAUAGAGCAACGAAUUACUCAGGAGAUUAACUCCCUUCGUGCGGCCGCACAGCAUUUGCACCAUGUCCGCUCGCUCCAGUUGGAAUUAGAGCGAGCGCGCCUUGAACAAGCGGGUUCUCUCGCCCAAGCAGCCUCCUUUUCCAACUCUACCCCUGGUGCCCCUGUCACCUCAUCGUUUACGACGCACCGUCAGUUUGUUUCGAGCCCAGAGACGGCCACGCUAGGCUCUGGAGAUCCCCGCCUCCCGGAGGGGCUCAGUAUUCCUCCCGGCUGGAAUCUUAUUCCUCUUCACUCUGCCGAGCAAGGCGUGGGUGUCACGCAAGCUGCAAGCCCUGUGCCUACUUCGGAAAAUCCACCGACGGCGCCGGCACCAAACCUUGGUGUCGCUUCCCAGCCAGCUGCAGCUUCGGGGGCCACUGCUUCGCCCGAGAACCGUAGUGAAACCGCACAAGCGUCUUUCGGCGCAACCACUGGCGAAGCAACAGCAGCCCCCGUCGCAGAUAACUUACCCCAGUGGGGGUCUGCAGCGACCGAGGCCUCAACCGAUCGUUCACUAUCACCCUCGCAGGAAUGGACUGAUGUUCCCUUUGAACAAGCAUCCGAGGCAGGGCCCGCCAGUGGUGAAGGCUCUACUAAGGUUGUUGCUGACCACAGCGAGCCUACUGAGUCUUCAUCUAAAGGCAAAGGCCGUGCAGCGACGGUAGAGGAGGCCGUAGAUGACGAGGCGUCAUGA